UUGCGUUAAGUCCCAGUGGACAGAGUUCACUCCGACAAACAUCACACGAAAGCCGGCGAGGAGCUGCGGCGACGCGGAGCAGGCAGAGGACGCUCUUCCAGACAGGUGUGAGAUGAUCUGAGGCUGAGCACCAAACAUUGGCAAAGGUUUCCAGUGUUAAACUCGACUCCAUGUCCAGAAGAAGAGAGGAAUUUAAGUUAAGACAACCCGCAAAACACAGCAGUGCUCCAGAGCUGUGAAUGGACGCGGUGGAGAUCCCGUAAAAGGACAGAUUAUUUCCACCAUUCUGAGCUUUGUCCCUGGAUAUUCGCUCACUUUAUAAACAAGGCGCAGCCGAGAGCCGCGGAGAUGGAUGUGGCUGCGGACCAGCCCCGCUGGAUGCAUCACCACGCCGUGCUGAACGGUCAACACCCGGACAGCCACCAUCCCGGCCUGGGCCACAACUACAUGGAGCCCACGGCGCAGCUGCUGCCUCCGGAUGAGGUGGAUGUGUUUUUUAACCACCUGGACUCACAGGGAAACCCGUACUACCACAACCCAGCCAGGGCCAGAGUGUCCUACAGCCAAGCGCACGCUCGUCUGACGGGGUCUCAGGUGUGCCGGCCUCACCUCCUCCACAGCCCGGGCAUCUCGUGGCUGGACGGGGGGAAGGCGGCCCUGUCGGCCCACCACCACCACAACGCCUGGGCCGUCAGCCCGUUCAGCAAGCCCAGCCUGCACCACCCGGGCUCCGCGUCCCCCGGCGCGCUCUCCGCCGUCUACCCGUGCAGCAGCACCUCGAACGCCGUCUCCGCGUCCUCGCUGACGCCGCCGUCCCACUCCGGCUCGCAUCUGUACACCUUCCCCCCGACGCCGCCCAAAGACGUGUCCCCGGACCCCGGGGCCGCGUCCCCGUCCUCCUCCUCCGCCACCAGGAUGGACGAGAAGGAAUCUAUCAAAUACCAAGUGUCGCUGCCGGAGGGCAUGAAGAUGGAGGGCUCCAGCCCGCUGAGGAGCAGCCUGGCUUCCAUGAGCGCGCAGACCCCCUCCACCCACCACCCCAUCCCGACCUACCCCCCCUACUCCCUCCCCGCGGCCCACGAGUACGGCGGCAGCCUGUUCCACCCGGGCAGCCUGCUGGGAUCCUCGUCCGGCUUCUGCACCAAGAAUAAAGGCAAGACACGGUCCUGCACCGAGGGGCGGGAGUGUGUGAACUGCGGAGCCACAUCCACACCUCUGUGGAGACGCGACAGCACCGGACACUACCUGUGCAACGCCUGCGGCCUCUACCACAAGAUGAACGGGCAGAACAGACCGCUCAUCAAACCCAAACGCAGACUGUCUGCAGCCAGACGAGCAGGCACCUGUUGUGCUAACUGUCAGACGACCACCACCACUCUCUGGCGGCGCAAUGCAAAUGGGGACCCCGUGUGCAACGCCUGCGGCCUCUACUAUAAACUGCAUAACGUGAACCGACCUCUCACCAUGAAAAAGGAGGGCAUCCAAACGCGCAACCGCAAAAUGUCCAACAAGUCUAAAAAGUGCAAGCGCGGCGGCGACGGCUAUGAGGAGUUCUCCAAAAGCCUACACGACAAGAGCUCCCCCUUCAGCGCCGCCUCCCUGGCCAGCCACAUGACCAUGAGCCACUUGCCGCCCUUCAGCCACGCCGGACACAUGCUCCCCACGCCCACGCCCAUACACCCGUCGUUCGGCCACCCGCACCACUCCAACAUGGUGACGGCGAUGGGCUGAGCGGGCGAUUGGAGGCGGCUCCAUCACAGACUUGAGAUGGUGAAAUGAAGAGGGGCGGGCGGCGUGUACAGUGUUACAGACAUGCACUUUGUGUGUCUCCAUCUUGAUUGUCUGCUUACUGAUUUAUGCCAAUGGUGGACUGGAGAGAACAGGUGUGCUGUAAAAGGAAAAGACCUUUUACUUGAUAUCUAUAGGUACCAAAAUUAGGCGGAGAAAGAUUCUACUUCCUGUCAGACACACACACACACUCACACACACACACACACACACACAAACACAAAAAUAUCAUUGCACCUCACCGUUGUGUCCGUGCUGACAGACUGCAGUGUGGCUGAAAUGUGCAAAGCGAGUUACUGUGAAUAUUGUACAUGUGUGAGACUGAAGACGGACGGAGAUCUCCUUCACAACUUUAAAUGAAAAUAUGCUGGAUUUUUUUGCUCAUGGACGAUUUUAAAGGAGUUUUCACAAAAAGAAGCACGCAAACAAAAAAAAAAGGUUUAUAAAUUCUAAUUUGACACUGUUUAUUAUGAUUAUUGUUAUUAUAAUUAUUGUUAUUCAGAUAAUUUAUUUUCACAGUUGCUUUUUUUUUUUCCUUUGACUAUAAUACCUGAAUCAUAAUACGGAUGCUGUUAUCCCAGUUAUGAGUAUAUUUUUAGCUGAAGCGCCUUGUCUGAGCUGGUCGACAUUUAUACUCUUCAGAAAUAAAGAGAUAAAGUUUAUUACUCAAUCUGUUCUGCCUAUUCAAUAUCGGAUGGUUGAAUCUCAGAGAGGAGAAAGGAUACGUCUGAAAUUACAGCCAUUGUUUAUGAGACUCAUAAACGGGACCAUAGCCUUCUUUCUUUUUUUUUUUUUGAAGAAUUGCUCUAUGCGCUGCUACAAUUACCAUCUUAUGUUAACCAUCAGGCGGCCGGCAUCUUUUUCUGUAUUCCUCCUCCUCACCGGAGCAUUAGACUGGGGAGUCGGCAGAAAUGUUCUCACUUAAAGCUUUUCCAUAGAUGAUGCUAAUGUCUCCUGCAGGAGAAUAUAUUUACAUUCCUCUACUAAUAAUCUGUGUCAUAUUCACCAUGCAUUCAUACCAUCCUGCCAGAGUAAGAGCAUGUGCUUGCUCUUUGACACCUGUUUGAAAAAAAAUAAAAUACAAGCUGAGAUCUCGUGGCCAAUGCAUACUGUUGAUAAUAAAAAUAAAAGAUAUGUACAUCUA